UUGUGGUGGCAGCUGCAGAGAAGUAUUUGGGUAUACGAGAUUUGACUUCUGAAGAGUUACAGGGUGUGUUGAGUGGGGGUGUCCCAUCCUUCCAGGCCAUAGGCAUGGGGCAGGAGCAAAUAGAGUCAAAGUAGUGGAAUGGUGUAGUCGGUUUUUUAAUGAGUGUAGGUGGCAGCUGCAGAGAAGUACCUGGGUGUAUGAGAUUUUACUGCGGAAGAGUUAUAAGAUGUUUUUAGAUUCUUUAUGAAAUAGUGGUAUAUAGGUGUAGGGUUGGUUGGUGUGCAUUUAUUUUUAUUUUUACCCCCUUUUUCUUUUUUUGUAUCACAAAUGUAAAGUGAUUUAACACAGAAUGUGGCAGCAUUCAUAAACAGAAUGUGCGAACGCCAUGAUACCAAAGAAGAAGAAGAAGAAGCCGGAAGUUCCUGGUGUUUGUAAAUCCAACAGCAAGCUUGCAACACUGAGGCAUAUCGGCAUACGACACCUCCUUCGACAGGAGUGGAAACUAAAGGAAGGAAGGGAAUUCUCUGUCAGCUGCAGUCGUUUGUAGUGUGUGCUGUUGACAAACAUGUUGUCGGAAGGCAGCUCCUUCAUGAAGGGGAUAGCCCUGGGAGGCACAUUCUGCCUGUUGUUGACCCUGUUGGGGAGCUUCACACCAGGCAUGCAGUCCAGCCCAGAGGACCACCACCACCACCACCACAUCAAGGCUCCCACCAAGGACGAGCUACAGAGCCUGUCUGAUCCCCAGAUGGUGGAGAUGAGCCAGAGAGUGCGGGUCUAUUGCGUCAUUAUGGUUCAGCCUUCUGUCCUGGGGUAUUGGUCCACAGCCAAGGACACCUGGGGUAAACACUGCGACCACGCCGUAUUCUACAGCUCUGAGUCGGCCAAAGCUCUGGAAGCGGUGGACCUUAACGAAAAGGACGAGUGGGCCAAGCUGCGCAAGGCCCUGAAGCACGCGUACGACAAUGCCGGCGACCUGCGCUGGUUCUUCGUUGCGCGGCCCACCACCUUCGCCAUCAUCGAGAACCUCAAGUACCUUGUUCUGGCCAAGGACCCCAACGAGCCCUUCUACAUCGGCCAUGCCAUGAAAUCGGGCGAACUGGAGUACGUGGAGUACCAGAGCGGCAUCGUGCUGAGCUACGAGGCCCUCAAGAGGCUGGUGAACGUGUUCAAGGACGAGGAGAAGUGUCCGGAGCGAGGCAGAGCCCUGUGGAAGCUGAGCGAGGAGAAACAACUGGCUCUAUGUCUGAAGUACACCGGGGUCUUUGCAGAGAAUGGCGAGGACACACAGGGCAAGGGGCUGUUCAACAGUAAGAGUGUGAGUUCACUCAUCCAAGACAGCAUGUCCAAAAACCCCUUGGACGUGGUGGAGGGCUGCUGCUCUGACUUAGCCAUCACCUUCAGCGGAAUGUCACCAAACCAGAUGCAGGUCAUGAUGUUUGGAGUUUACAGACUACGCCCGUAUGGGCACAACUUUCAUGAUUCCUUGAUAUUCCUGCCCCCCGAGGGCUCUGACAAUGACUAAAGUGCAAGGCUUCCCCCUUUGGGCCAGACAUGGCAUUAAACAGACUGCUGCUGUCAAGUCUGACUGGUGAAUAAAGACAAUUUUCUUAUUCAGUUUGUAUCCAUGAGGGAGGGUGGCAAAUACAUGAGGCAGGCAAAUCAUUAUUCUUAGUAUUUUAUACCUUUCAAAUUUGCACUCUGCACAUAAUACCAUUAUUAUGAAUGAACAGAUGAAGAAAUCACACAUUUGUAGAGCACGUGUCAAACUCAUUCCACAGAGGGCCAAGUGUCUGCGGGUUUUCACUCCACCCUUGUACUUGAUUGAUGAAU